UGCGGCCAACUUCGCGUUGCAAAAUGCUCUUGUGUUGUUUGUGUUUGGGAUUGUAAAUAAAGGCCAAACAGUCAGCGCAAAGCGUUAAGAUCAAAGACCAACCUUUGGGCCAGUCCAUAAACCAGAAUGUAACAUCUCGAGGGAGAGCAAACACGGCCGCAAAGUGUUCAAUUAAAAUAAGUGACUUGACUUUGAUCUGAGAAUCAAAAGGAAGACUGUGAAAAAGGUGGGCAGGAAGUGGGAAGUGAGUAAAUGACAACAAAAAAGUGUGUAUUGGCCAAAAGAAGCUCGCAUUGGUAGCAACGACAGAAAACCAUUUACACACACACAUACGGCGCUCUUUAAACGCUGCUGCCGCUCUCCCUCUCUUUUACUCACACACAUUUGACGACUGCGACGCGUCUCUUGCAAACUUUUUAAAGCGGACGCCAGCGAUAUUCGGUUCUCAUUUCGAUGUGGAACGGUAAAGAACCUGUGUCGUUUCCGCUGCCGAUUCGCGAAAAUAACACAAAAAUAGCCAUAUAUUGUUUUUGUUCAAUCAAAUAAAUUCCACUGCAAGUGUAUGUGUGUUUGUGUACAGAAAGAAAUAAGAUAGAUCAGAAGCAGUGCAAGAAAGAAAAGUGCAAAGCGAAAGUUUUGGAUUUGAUUGUGCAGCAUCCGCCAUCUCGCUCUGGCAGGCGCGCGUGUAACGGUAGACGUCUCUCUCGGCAACAACAAGGCAAUAGCAACAACUACUCAUUCCAAGGAAAGCGAAAAGUGCGCGCUUGUGUGUGUACUUGUCUGUGUUUAAUUUCCAUUUCCAAACAAAAUAAAUAAAUAAAUUCAAUAUUCAAUCUUCGACUCUGAGAUUUCGAUUGCCCAGAUGUGUUUGCUAACAGAUUGCGCACACCGUGUCUUAUUAUGGCCCUAUUGAAUAAACUCUUCUUUCCGUCGGCAACACCAACAGCACCCGCGAAUUUAGCGGCAGCACCCACGCUGACCGCAGCGUCCGCAGCAGCAGCAGCGCUAAUUAAUAGCCAAACAACAACAGCAACUACAGGAACAUCAACCCCCGCUACAACAACAUUGCCGGCACGUACAACUCACGCCUCUGCCGGCGUCGCUGCCACGGCCUCUGCUGGCAAUAGUUCGUCGUCCGCAAAAGCUGCAAAACAAACUUCGCGAAAUUAUCUAAGCCGAUUCCCCUUCGAGGGCAGCCAGGUGCGAGUUCUGCUCUACAAAGAGGAUGACACCCGACGAUUGCUCUUCGACUCGAAUGCCCUCCAGAAGGUGACGCACAAGGACCCAUCAGCCACAUCCGCAUCCAUAUCGUCAUCCAGCACGAACGGCGGAGGAAAGUUCCUUAAGAAUGAGAAGUACACCGCGCUGCAGAAUGGCAAGAUUCAGUCGAAGACACAUUCCAACAAUGGCAGCAACUUCAUCGAGGUGUGCGCGGAGUAUGGCUAUAAGCACAAUCGACCCUCGGGAGCCGACAUCACGCCGGUGGGCGAGAUGGUGUUUGGCUCGUUGCCGAUGUCCUUUUGCGGAACGGCCCUGAAGGUGCACUGGCUGCCGGAACCGGCCAGAAUCCUGUGCUCCCAGGUCUACCUGACGCCCACCAGCAAUGGGGGAUCUGGCCAGUCGCCCUACUCCACGCUCUCCAUGAACAGCCUGGCGACGCCGCGCACAUCGAUAUCCAGCGAGCACGGAUCUAUGGAUGGUCUCUCGAUGAACUCGUUCUCGAUGCCGUUCAGCGUGAGUGUGGGUCGGCAGAUGAGCUUGACGCCACCGUUGGACGUUCCUGCGGCGCCGGCAGAUCAGCAGUCACUGUCGAUUCAUUCGAUCGACUCCAGUGGGCCUCGAUACUCAUCAACAUACAGCACUGCCACGGACUCGGGCUAUUCGGCUAGUGGGAGUGGGAGUGGAGCCGGCGGGGAUCAGUGGUCAUAUCAGUACUCAUCCACGCGGAGCAGUUUGGGCAGCGUCCUCUCGGAUCAGUCGGAAGCAAUGAGGAAGCUGAGCAUGGACUCUGCAUGCUAUACGGGGUCGUCUCCUUACCUGGACGGAUUUGCCAGCGAUGGCUGCCUGCAGCGAAGAAUCUCGCGCAAUUUGCGCACCUCCUUCGAGAACGAGCAUUCCAAGAACGAUUUUAUCGGCUUCCUUAGCGACAAUUACUCAUUAAAUGGCCCGGUGGCAGCACCAGCAGGCGGCGGAGCUGGAGGGGGCAGCGAGGGCGGUGGAAUGGCUCCACCACAGUAUCGGAGAGCGAGCUAUUGUGCGAAUGAGACGCGAAGCAAUCCGGAAAUGGGCAGAAGGCAGGCCAAUCUGCGCCGGCGGGCGAAACUGGGACUGGCCGUGUGUAUCUCCAUGAGUGAGUCCUUCGAAGAGGAGAUGGAGCUGUUUUGCAGUGAGCAUAUUGCCCUGCUGGAAUCUAUGCUUAGUCGAUUGAGAGCCAGUACAGAGCUGGCUUACAUCAACCACAAGAACUUUCUGCAGAUCAUGUUCCAGGCCUGGCAGGAUACCCAACAAUGGUUCAGCGAUCUCUUCACUGCCCCGCGCAUCAAGACGCCCGUCUGGCUGAGCAUCACCACCAGCGGCAGCAAGUACUCCAAGACUGUGGCCGAGAGAUUCAUCAAGGAGCUGUGCGACCUUCUCUCCUUCGCCGAUACCAAGGACUCUAAUUUUUUUAUUAGCACCAUGCUGACGGGAAUCCUUACUCAUCAUCUCGGAUGGGUAGCCACCGUGUCCGCCUUCAACAGCGCCGGUUCUCGCCGAUCGGAGUCCUCUGCCUCAGCGGCGGCCAUUGAGCAGAGAGCAAAGCUACUCCAAGUUGCCCAAAAGCAUCCGUACAAUGCGCUGUGGGCGCAACUAGGUGAUCUUUACGGAGCCAUCGGCAUGCCGCCCAAGUUAGCACGCACCAUUGUGUGUGGAGCAGAGAAGCUCUGGGUAGAGAAGCUGCUAAACGUGCUCACAUACUUUAUUCGAUGCAGCGAGGUACGAAGAGCGGCCAAGCGGGAGGACUUCAACAAGCAGCUGAUUAACGACCUUGUCGCCCAGAGCCAGAUUAAAAAUCAAUCGGGUCCGCAGGAGAGGCACAAGAGUCCACCGACGCAGAAGCGCGGACUGAGCAGGGCGGCAACCUGCAAACAGAAUCUGAAUGCCAUUGCUGAUGAUGCGGACGAUGAGAAUGGUGAACUGAACGGUUACGAUAGGGAGAACGAGGAUGGGGACCCAGAUGGAUUGGAUCUAGGGUCCCUGGACGCCAGCGAUGGCAUGCAGACACUGAAAAAGAAUGAGAUUCCCACUGUGCUGGCUUUCCGAGACUCUCACUUUGUGCAGCAGGAGCUGCGUAUCGGAAACUAUUUAAUGGACACAGGUAUUGACAAGAAGACGCUGCUGGCUCGGCAGACACAGCAAUACUUUCGUACUGGCAAAGACGGCCGGAUCCGUUUGACAGUGACCACGCCGGAUAACGUGGAGCUGUGCAUGGAGGAGGAGCAGUCGAGCGGAACUGGCUCUGUAAGCACGGGUUCCGUGGACGACGGUGCCAUCGAGGCCAUCGACUAUGAAGACCAAGUGGAAGCUCCUCCGAAAAAGAACUUCUUUUGGAACAUAGCAGGUGUAACGGAAGGCCUGAGUCUUAACGAUUUGGCCAAACUGCAGCAGGGCAUUCGGAUCAUCAACCGCAAGCUAGAGCGACGCAACAGCAGCUACUCGGUUGAGGGAAACCCGGACCAACAGCAGAGCAAGACUGGAGAAACAGGAGUAGGUGACUUUGAGUCCCUUAGUCAUGAAAGACGCGCCUCGCAUUUGUCACUCUCAGAUUUGAUAACGCAGAACAGCAUGGGCAAAAGCGAUCGCAUGACUUGGGGCAUUGAGCCCAUAAAAGAGAACGUUAGCCUGGAGGAGCAGAUCCACUUUGAUCACUGUCACAAGCUAAUCGAGCGAGAGCACGGCAUCUGUCGACAAACAUCGGCUGAUAAUGGCAACGGAGUAGUCUUCGUACUGGGCGAUAAUGAGCCACUAAUCAACCUGAAAAAGAGCAGUGAGGACCUGAGCGGAGAUCAAGAUUCUAAGCCCGCUUUGAUGCUAUGUGCACAACAUCAGCGCACCCACGACAGAAGCAAGCACUCGGGUAUGAAGUUCAACUUUGAACAGUAUCCGCAGAUAGCCACCAACUAUAUGAAGAGCAAGAAUCUGUUGAUGUCCAACUAUGAUCUGCUAAUGGACAAAGUAAGCAAACUGGAGGCCAGCGAGGCAGCUGCCCUUAAGGGCAGCGAUAGCACGGCAACACUAGCUGCUAGCAGUAGCUCCACGGCCGCUCUGCUUCCUCCUACAACUCCAGUGGCUGCGAAUAGCGAUCGUUGCGUAGUAUGCAGCAGCGGCGUUGGCCUAAAUACAUCGGCCACCUGGAACCAAACACCUUCCAACGCCACCGAGCUGGAAUUCGAGACCGAUGAAAUGCACUGCUACAAUCAAAGUGGGAAUAGUAAUGGGUUCAGCACCAAGGCUCUUCAGUCUGUAAACUCGGCGGCCUCCAUAGACACGCUAAAGUCAACUGUGUCAGUCGAGCCACUAACUCCAACGAUUCCAACCCAAAUGCAGACGACGUACUUGCGCAAGCAGCAGCCCAAGCGGGUUCCGUCAGGACGCAGUUCCGUCUCCUCGGUAGCCGCCAAGUGUGCAGCGGUCAAUGUGUCCCAGCAGCUAUUAAAACUGCCUGUUCCGGGCGUCAAGGAAUUGCCGCAGGACGACGAAUCUCCGGGCGACCAGCUGCGUGCCGGCUUCAUUCCCUCGCUGCUGUUAAGCGUCAGCGAUCAUUACGUCUCCGACAUGGUAUUGCAGGGUACUUGUGCUCCGCCCAAUAAGUGGGAGAUGCAUCUGCGGGAGGAUCUAGCUCUGGCUGCACGUUCAGCCUCUCUUAUCUCGCAGCCGGCGGAGAACAUAGCAAUUGUGGCGGACAUGGACAAGUGGGAUGUUCGGCUAAUUUCAUCUCAGACGCAGCAGUUUCCGUAUGCCGGUGGUCAGAGUUCUCCUGUCGGCAUGUCUCAGCUCGUCUCCAGCAUGCUGGAAACUGUACAAGCCAUGAAUGCAGGUGGCAUACCAGCCUACGAGUGCUUGUCGUUUCUGGAGUCGAAGUUACAGGAAAUCUACCUGCAGUCGGAAACUUUGGCAGCAUUCCUGCUUGAGACUGAUCCUUGCCGGCUGAGCGACAUUACCAAUCCGCUGCAGUUGUCCGAAAACGAUGUACCAUUGCUGCUGUCAGUAGCAUAUAUUCACACACCCAAGAUUAGCCGCAAGUGCGGCAUCAGCUUCAGGUGACAUGUUGUUGCCGUCUGCUGAUCUAGGACAUUGCCAAACAUUCUAUCACUCAACGUUUUCAACGAGCUCUUCUCAUGCAUCAUCCAAAGCGAAACAAGCAAAUACUCCAGCGAAUUUUAAUUUCACUGAUUUUGUGAUAUAUUUAUAUGUGUAGGAAUCUAGCGCCUAAAUGCAGGAUACGUUUUUCAGCCGUAGCUUAGCCGUAGCCCUCGAUCGAAACCAAUUCAAUCUGAACUGCAACGAUUGGUUUCUGAUUAUUGUAAUCGCCCAGUGUAAAUGGGUCUUUCAUUGAAAUUUACCACAUCCACUCAUCGCGGUCACAUGAAGAAGCAUUGUAAAUCAUCUGGGUUAGAAUUAGCCGGGCCAGAAUGUGUUGGCGAUAGGGUGACGAUGAUGAUGACGACUCCGGCUUAGCAGCACUCGACACGGGCUGCUAUCGGAUCGAUCGAUCGCCAAAACAUAUCUUGCUCCGCCCCACACUUUUGUAGUGCUUGAUUUAGAUUUAAUAAUUUAUGACAGCAAUAAUAUAAUCGUAGCAUUAAUUGAAUAAGUUUAGAAUACUCUAGGGAUGCAGUGCAGCUACUAAAAUUAUAUAUGUAUAAUGCAUUCAAGAAAGCAACUAAAACAACAAAGAAAUCAAAUAAAAAUAUGUGUAUAUAUUUUUGAAGGAGAAUAUACAAUUUUAAAAUGAA